UGUGUGUUCUUCCUUGGCUCCUGUGCUAAAAGAGAAUGUCCUUGGCUGUGUGUUCAGGACCAGUGUGUAGAAUCUGACUGGAUGUGACUGGAGGACUAUGUGCACUAUGCAGAUAGAUGCUGUAAUUGUGCUGAUCUAUAUCUGUUUAAUGGGUGCUGCUGGGAAGUCAGUCCACCAGAGGGGUUAUAAACCCGAGGCCUACAAGCAAAGCAGGUCCCGGAGGGAACUAGAAGUGGUAGAUGGAGGAACUCACAAGUCUGGCAGUCCAAUCUUCAGAAGAAGUCCAGAUCUAACAAAGUCUCCUGUGACAAAAUCGGAACAAUUAUUAAGGAUAGAAGACCACGACUUUACAAUGAGGCCAGCAUUUGGAGGACCUCCUAUACCAGUAGGGGUAGAUGUUCAGGUUGAGAGCCUUGACACUAUCUCUGAGGUUGAUAUGGACUUCACUAUGACACUGUAUCUGAGACAUUAUUGGAAGGACGAGCGCCUGGCCUUUCCAAGCACCAACAACCAGAGCAUGACCUUUGACAGUAGGCUGGUGAAGAAGAUUUGGGUGCCUGACAUGUUCUUUGUUCACUCGAAAAGAUCUUUCAUCCAUGACACUACCACGGACAAUGUGAUGCUGCGGGUUUAUCCUGACGGAAAUGUGCUCUACAGUUUACGAGUAACAGUCACUGCCAUGUGCAAUAUGGACCUCAGUCGUUUCCCCCUGGACACACAGACCUGCUCACUUGAGAUAGAGAGCUAUGCAUACACUGAUGAUGACCUCAUGUUGUACUGGAAGAAAGGAAAUGAGUCUUUGAACACAGAUGACAGGAUCUCGCUGUCCCAGUUUCUCAUCCAAAAGUUUCACACAACUACAAAGCUGGCUUUCUACAGCAGCACGGGCUGGUACAAUAGGCUGUACAUCCACUUCACCCUCCGGCGCCACAUCUUCUUCUUUCUGCUGCAGACGUAUUUCCCUGCCACGCUUAUGGUCAUGUUGUCCUGGGUGUCCUUCUGGAUCGAUCGCAGGGCUGUGCCUGCUAGAGUACCUUUAGGUAUCACUACGGUUCUUACAAUGUCCACCAUCAUCACUGGCGUCAAUGCCUCCAUGCCACGUGUGUCCUACAUCAAAGCAGUGGACAUCUACCUGUGGGUCAGCUUUGUGUUUGUGUUCCUCUCUGUUAUUGAGUAUGCAGCUGUCAACUACCUGACCACCGUGCAGGAGCGCACAGAGAGGAAGCUCCGAGAGCAAUUACCCUGCACAUGUGGUAUAGCUCACCCAGAUGAGGACAUGAUGGUGACUGCUGCCUAUAGUGAUGUGGACCAAAGCACCACAGGGAACUAUGGGAUGCCAGUGAGCGAAGUGAGACAGGAGAGGAUCUUUGCUCAGUUUGCGUUAGCAGACAAUCAGACCACCAGUCAGGUGAGGAGCAUAAGAAGCUACGUCAACAUCUGGAUAGAUACUCACGCCAUAGACAAGUACUCAAGGGUGAUUUUUCCUGGAGCGUACACCCUCUUCAACAUCAUCUACUGGUCCAUCUACUCCUAACAAACCACCAAGCUACAGGACCCGAGUGGUCUGAACUAUCAAAGGCUGGGAUAGACUUUGUAGAGGUGCAAUAAAUAUUCACCAGAAGAACAAGAAGUUAACAACAGGGAUGAAAAAGGUAUCGCUUGAUCCAUUUGCACUUUUUUCAAAAUGCAGUUUUUGUCUUGGAAUUUUUACAACAGUUUCGAAACCUUUCAAAUAAUUAUGUUGACAGACAACAUUUUGACAGAAAGUAUCUUAGUUCUUUACUUCAUUUGGUUUCUGGUGCUGUAGGCAACCUUUGGAUGAGAAUAUCAAGAAGAUUGUUGAAAACACCCAAACCUGUAUGCAUUAUAGGAUUUCAGAUAACGAAGAUCAGGGUUCUUAAAUAUUUUGUAGCCAGGGACCCCUUUAACUAUAAAAUUAAUUCCACAGACUUCAUCAUUCCAUAUUGAUUUUAUGAACAUUAAUAAAUAGACAAAAUAUUAAUGCAUUAAUUGCAUUAAUAUAAAUAGAUUCGUAGAGUUUUCCAUACCUGAACUUUACACUAACAAAACACAUUACAUUCAUGUAUAUUUAUAGGCUUCUCGUUUUUGAGUUAUUGAGGUUUGAUUAAACCCAUUCAAUUAUAAUUACCAUUCAAACAGGCUAAUAACUAUAAGAACUCAAUAAUUAAUGGUAACUUUGAUAACGAUUAAUUGUGAUUUUCUCCACUGUAACUAAAUUAUAUAUAAAAAAAACUGGAUUCCCCUGGGUGUCCUUGGAGCCCAUUUUGAGAACCACUGCUGUAGACAAUCUGAAGACAAUGGACUGGGUUUAGAAAACAAUACACUCAUGCAGACAUCAUGUUCCUUGUACUUAAUUAUAUAUUUCUUCUAAUAUUCUUCUGAAUGCUUUGGAUUCUUAAUCCACUGCAGCUUAGAUUUAUCUUCCAAUUCGAACACUAUGAACACCAUGUACCACAAAGGUUAAGGCUUUAUGGUUUAUUUGGAUUGCCAGAGUGUUCAGAAACAGAAAGAAACCUGGAAGCCUGAAACCUGAAAUAACGCCAUGAGGUUGUCAAUAAUACAUUUUAAUGUCUGCAACACUUCAGCAUGUUUUGACGUAUGCACCACUGUAAAUUCUUUAAAUAGCUGGUGCUGGAAGGAAAUAUGCUCAGUUAAUGUUUGUGUAAAUAACAUGGUGGUCUUGACAACUGUAAAUCCAGAGAAAAUAAAUUACGAGACUUUAUUUUGUUGAAAUACCGUUUUGUGAGGUCUAGCAUAACUGUUUCUAAAUUGAAUGAAGUAGUUUGCAUGAUUUUUGUACUGCAUAUAAAUAUGAAAAAGUAGCUUGUUAUUUAUGUAUCUAGCCAUUUUAUUAUUAUUCUAUACCAAGCAAAAUGUCAGAGGUUGGUCAGGUGGCAUAAUAUAACCAAAAUUUUUCCACUUGAGAACAGUUUACUAUUGCAAAUUUAGGACAGAUGUAUUUCUUGUGUGUUGUCUUUUAAUCUUUUUUUUUUUUUUUUUAUUUCUUGGUUAAAAUUGUUGCUCUCACAAAAAAUGAACUGACUCAAUUUGCUGUGACAUUUACACCAAUUGUGAAUAUUGACAUGAUUUAUGAGAAAUGCAAUAAACUUGUACAUACUGCAGAUUAAACCAUUAAGCUGUGAAUCUGAGGAUGCUUUAAUGUGGGACUUCCUCCACACAGAAGUGACCUGCAACAUGCUGUUAUUCAUUUGGUAGCAACUUAGACAAAGUGUAUAGCAAGAAUUUGAAUUUGAACACAACACUUUGAACACAUUAACCACUGAGCCACUGCUGUCCGCAUGGAGAUGACUCAGUAAGCCUGCUGGAGAUAUGGACAUUACUGUAACAGUGGACGGUCACAGUGAACAACUGUCAGCAAAUCUGGGCUAUUCCUCAAAAUGUCCACUUUAUAAUUUGAGUGUAUGCAUACAAUACCAAAACAUUCUACUUUAAGAUAACAAACUAGUCUUUUAGGUUUACUAAAAGUAAUGAUAAACCUGUUUUGCAAAAAUAGAGAAAAGACAAACACAACUUUUGUGCAAAUGAUUGAAAUGGUAAUUUUAUCAUUGAAAUUGUAGAAUUAAUUUGUUACUGGCAGCAGUGUUAUGCCUCAAUUUAAAAAGAAAAAAUUUAAUCUGAGCUGGGGUUUACAUUAUACACAUCAUUAUUUAUUCAUCCCAUUAAUCAUAUCUCAUACUGUAGGCUAUGAUUUUCACAAUGUGUAAAGACCAUUACAAACAUGAAA